CUCACAAAUUAAAAUUUUCUUCGGCUCGCUCUUUUUCGUUUGCCCGAGAAGCUUUGUGUUUUUUUAACACUAAGCUAAAUAAGAAUCUGUAUUCGCUUGCCAUGGAUCAAUCACCAUCCUAUCAGCCAGAGUUUGUCCCAAUGAACGGAAAUAAAUACAUGCGCCUUGAAGACCCUCACGGAGCGCCCAAGUUCCAACAUACCGUCGUCUUGGGACUGCCCCAGCCCGUUGUACCUCAGCCCAGGGAUCACAUUAUCUGGUCGCUUUGCAGCCUCGUGUACGGCAACCCAUUAUGUCUCGGAAUGUUAGCAGUGUAUUUCUCCAUAAAGUCCAGGGAUAGGAAGAUGGUUGGAGACUUGGAGGGAGCAAGAAAACACGGGAAGACUGCACGCUGCUUUAAUGUUGUGACCCUGACCCUGGUCAUCCUCGGGCUGCUCUUCCUCUUCAUCAUCUAUGGUUUCUUCAUCUACAACAUCUCACACUUGUAGUGUAGUUCCAGUCUUUGCUUUUGUCAAAAGUGUCUUUCCAGAUGUUUAAACACCUCUCUAGGAUUGUGUCCUGAUACAUUUCUCUUACACACACACACACACCACAGAAUUUCCCUCUGCACUGUGUACCAGAUGUUAUUUGCACCUCUUUAGUGAAGUGUUUUAGAGAUGCACGAUGAUUCUGUUGAAGUUUACAUUCAAAUGUUAUUUUCAUCAAUAAAUAUACGUUUUGUAAAUGCA